GUCCUCAGUAAAAACUUCCCAGUUCUCACGGAAUACCCUGUCUUUUCAUUCCAUAGAUCUCACUCACCAAAGAUCCACAAGAAACCCACUUCCCUCUGCAAAAUCCUCCAAAACCAUGUCCAGACCAAAACCCACCUCCAGAUUCAUCCUCUUCACCCUCACCCUCCUCCUCCUACUCCAUUUCCCAACCCCCAUCAAAUCCUCCGAACCCCAAAACCCCGCCGCCGACGAAACCGAAGACGGCGAACUGGAAGAGCUCCUGGCAUUGGAUGAACAAGUAGAACAAGAAGAAGACCAAGACGGGGGGCCCGCCACAAGGUCUUCGGAGGCCGAGCUUUUAUCCAAAGCACAGAGGAUUGUUCUGGAGCUUAAUCAUGACAAUACAAAGAGGGUGAUUGAAAACAAUGAGUAUGUUCUGGUUCUCGGGUACGCUCCCUGGUGUGCCAGGAGUGCCGAGCUGAUGCCUCAGUUUGCUGAGGCUGCCACUGCGCUGAAGGAAUUGGGGAGCCCUCUUUUGAUGGCCAAGCUUGAUGCCGAGCGGCACGCGAAAACUGCGUCGUCUCUCGAGAUCAAAGGGUUCCCUACUCUGCUUCUGUUUGUCAAUGGCACCUCCCAAGCCUACACUGGUGGAUUUUCUGCGGAAGAAAUAGUGAUAUGGGCGAGGAAGAAAACCGGUGAACCUGUUAUUCGGAUAAGCUCGGUGACAGAGGCAGCAGAAUUUCUCAAGAAGUCCGACAUAUUUGUUCUUGGCCUGUUUGAAAAUUUUGAGGGGCCCGAGCACAAAGAAUUUGUAAAAGCAGCGGCAGCUGACAGUGCCAUCCAGUUCGUAGAAGUAAGCAACAUCGAGGUUGCUAAUGUUCUCUUUCCAAAUGUAAAACCAACUAAUGUUUUCCUUGGAAUUGUGAAAAGUGAGCCAGAAAGAUACACUGCAUAUGAAGGGACCUUUAGAGUGGAUGAAAUACUGCAGUUUCUGGACUAUAACAAGUUUCCAUUAGUUAACAGACUUACUGAAGCAAAUUCUGCAAAAGUGUACUCCAGUCCUAUUCAACUUCAGGUUCAUGUUUUUGCAGACGCAGAUGACUUCAAGAAACUUCUUGAGCCCCUUCAAGAUGUUGCUAGACAGUUCAAGUCAAAGAUACUGUUCAUAUAUAUAGACAUUACAGAUGAAAAUCUUGCUAAGCCUUACUUAACGGUAUAUGGGCUUGAAGAAUCAAACAGUGCUGUGGUCACUGCUUUUGAUAUUAGAGGGAACUCUAAAUAUCUAUUAGAAUCAAAUCCAUCACCAAGCAAUCUUGAAGAGUUCUGCUCAGGCCUAUUACGUGGUACUGUAUCUCCGCACUUCAAAUCGCAACCAAUACCUGAUAACAAGAAUGUAACCGUCCAGAGCAUUGUAGGAAAGACAUUUGAUGACUUGGUUUUAAAUAGUCACAAGAAUGUGGUACUAGAGGUAUACACACCAUGGUGCAUCACCUGUGAGACCACUGCCAAGCAUGUAGAGAAGUUGGCUAAGCACUUUAAAAGUGUGGAUAAUCUACUCUUCGCAAGAAUAGAUGCAUCUGCAAAUGAACAUCCAAAACUGCAAGUAAGCGACUAUCCAACACUCUUGCUGUACACAGCCAACGAUAAAGGCAAUCCGAUCAAACUUUCUACAAAAUCGAGCUUGAAGGACGUGGCUACAACUAUCAACAAACAUUUGAAGGCCAAGGAUAAUGCCGCUAAAGAUGAAUUAUAGAAAUAUAUACUGAAUGGUAUAGUUUCGAGUUCGAGAUAGGAUCUGAUACUGAAUACCGAGUGAUUUAUAACUAGAAUACUGAGGAAAACGAUAGGCCCAAGGAGUUGGUAUAUAGAUCAUCUUUGGUUAAGGUUUCUAGCUUUCUGAAGCAUUAUAUGAAGGAUGACAUUGAUCGACCCAAAAUUUAUGAGUUUUGUAACCCGAGAACUAGUUGUGAUGAAAACUCAUUAUUUAUGGAUAAUACUUGAGCACUCACCACUCAGUACCUAAA